AUGUGUAACUUACUCAAAAAGCUCUCCACCAGCUGUUUCUGCAGCGCUGAUGCCGAUUCAAACUCUUCCGAGUCUGAAGUCGAAAAUACCAUCAUCUUGCCACACAGGAGGCCCGUAGAACCUCCCAAGGGUAUUUUGAAGAAUCCUGCGGCUGGGGCCACGGAGGCCUCGGGGAACGGUGCCAGUACCGUUGGCGAUAAGGCUGCCGUCAAAUCCGCCCGAAAGCCCAACCCUCACUCCAAAAACCCAAGGGUCUUCCGGCCCGAUCUUGACAACCCCCCAAAAGACCCCUAUCAUCGCUCCGGAGGCGACGACGAGUCAACGUUGAUCAUCGACCCAGGCUCCAACUUCCCCACCUCGUCUGCCCCAGCCCCAGAAGACUCAGAAGACUCAGAAAACGAGUCUUCGAUAGGAAACAUCCUCCCCGAGGAUCUAGCCGGUGGUCACCCUCUUCCCCUCCCCUCUUCAAACCCCAAGGAAUUCCCCGAGCAGCCCCCCGCCGCUGGAGAAGAGCUUCCCCUCCAGACCCCACCACUUGCCCCUGCCAUCCGUCCAAACACCACUACCAGCCCAGACGCAACCCAAAGCCCUCCCGGCGCAGAGCUUUCAACUCUGCUCGGGGCCAACAGCCACCGCAGCCGCACACGCAGCCGCACACGCAACCCUCAAGGCCCUCCUAACCAUCAUGCCCCCUCCACCAUCGAUAACGAUGACGAAGGUGGGCACCACUCCCUUCCCCGUGACACGAGAAGGGAUUGUCUAAUGUUUUUGACUCGUGAGCAGGCCAGUGAACUCUACCCUGGGGUAGAUCUUGUCACCUCCGAUGAUCUGGCGGAGUACCUUCGGAUGUUGGGAGUUAGCGUGGGUCCUGAGGCGGAGAUGGAAUGA